GUAUGUCGAGGGCUGACUGUUGAGACUGAACAUAAUUAACAACAACCAUAGAACCAGCUAGAACACUGUGAGUGUUUUGUCACCUACCGAAAAUAUCAGGACAACAAAACACUGUUUUCUACCAGGAGCUGAAACUCUUAGGCGAGCAGGAUGAGUGACACAGAGAUGGAGUUAUUCGGGGUGGCGGCCCCAUACCUCCGCAAGCCAGAACGCGAGCGGAUCGCAGCGCAGAACAAACCGUUUGACGCCAAGGUGGAAUGCUUCGUGGCCGACCCCAAGGUCGAGUACGUCAAGGGAAAGAUCAAGAGCCAGGACAGCGCCAACGUUACCGUGGAGACGGAGGAUGGAAGGGUUGUCAUGGUGAAACCAGAUGACAUCCGACCUAUGAACCCUCCUAAGUUUGACAAGAUUGAGGACAUGGCAAUGCUGACCCAUCUCCAUGAGCCUGCUGUACUGUUCAACCUCAAGGACCGCUACGCAGCCUGGAUGAUCUAUACCUACUCUGGUCUCUUCUGUGUGACUAUGAACCCCUACAAGUGGCUUCCGGUCUACAACCCAGAGGUGGUGGCCGGGUACCGGGGGAAGAAGAGACAGGAAGUCCCUCCUCACAUCUUCUCCAUAUCAGACAAUGCCUAUCAGUACAUGCUCACAGAUCGUGACAACCAGUCGAUCCUGAUCACUGGAGAAUCCGGUGCAGGGAAGACUGUAAACACCAAGCGUGUCAUCCAGUACUUUGCGACAAUCGCAGUGGCUGGUGGCAGUGACAAGAAGAAGGAGCAAGCAGCUGGCAGAUUACAGGGCACGCUGGAAGAUCAGAUCAUUUCAGCCAACCCUCUGUUGGAGGCGUUUGGCAACGCCAAGACCGUGAGGAACGACAACUCCUCUCGCUUUGGAAAAUUCAUCCGGAUCCACUUUGGAACAAAGGGGAAACUGGCCUCGGCCGACAUUGAGACCUACCUGCUGGAGAAGUCCAGGGUGACGUUCCAGCUGCUCGCGGAGAGGAGCUACCACAUCUUCUACCAGAUCCUCUCCAACAAGAAGCCAGAGCUCAUAGAUAUGCUGCUCAUCACCUCCAACCCCUACGACUACCCCUUCAUCAGCCAGGGAGAGAUCACCGUGCUCAGCAUCAAUGACAGCCAGGAGCUCAUGGCCACGGACAGUGCUAUAGACAUCCUGGGGUUCAAUGCAGAGGAGAAGCUAGGCAUCUACAAGCUGACCGGUGCAGUGAUGCAUCAUGGGAACAUGAAGUUCAAGCAGAAGCAGCGAGAGGAGCAGGCGGAGCCUGACGGCACUGAGGUGGCAGACAAGGUGGCCUACCUUAUGGGUCUGAACUCAGCGGACCUUCUCAAAGCUCUCUGCUACCCCAGGGUGAAAGUGGGGAAUGAGUACGUCACCAAGGGGCAGACAGUACAACAGGUGAAUAACUCCGUGGGUGCACUGUCCAAGGCAGUGUAUGAGAAGCUGUUCAUGUGGAUGGUGAUCAGGAUUAACCAGCAGCUGGACACCAAACUGCCCCGGCAACACUUCAUUGGAGUCCUGGACAUCGCAGGGUUUGAGAUCUUUGAGAUGAACAGUCUGGAGCAACUCUGCAUCAACUUCACUAAUGAGAAGCUGCAGCAGUUCUUCAACCAUCACAUGUUUGUCCUGGAGCAAGAGGAGUACAAGAAGGAGGGCAUCGAGUGGGAGUUCAUUGACUUUGGCAUGGACUUGGCUGCCUGCAUUGAGCUGAUUGAGAAGCAAAUGGGCAUCUUCUCCAUCCUGGAGGAGGAGUGUAUGUUCCCUAAGGCCACAGACACGUCCUUCAAGAACAAGCUCUACGACCAGCACCUGGGGAAGAACAGUAAUUUCCAGAAGCCCAAGCCUGCCAAAGGCAAGGCGGAGGCCCACUUCUCCCUGGUGCAUUAUGCCGGCACUGUGGACUACAACAUCGGCGGCUGGCUGGAGAAGAACAAGGACCCUCUGAAUGACACGGUGGUGCAGCUGUACCAGAAGGCUGCUCUCAGGCUGCUGGUACAGCUGUUUGCCACAUACUCCUUAGCUGAUGCUGACCCAAACAAGAAGGGAGCCAAGAAGAAAGGGUCGUCUUUCCAGACCGUCUCUGCUCUCUUCAGGGAAAGCCUCAACAAACUGAUGGCGAACCUGAGGUCCACUCACCCCCACUUUGUCAGGUGCAUCAUCCCCAACGAGACCAAGACACCUGGAGUUAUGGACCACCACCUGGUUCUGCACCAGCUGAGGUGUAACGGGGUGCUGGAGGGCAUCAGGAUCUGCAGGAAGGGCUUCCCCAGCAGGAUCCUGUACGGAGACUUCAAGCAGAGGUACAGGAUCCUGAAUGCCAGUGCGAUCCCUGAGGGCCAGUUCAUAGACAGCAAGAAGGCGUCGGAGAAACUCCUGUCCUCCAUCGAAGUGGACCACGCUCAGUACAAGUUUGGUUACACCAAGGUGUUCUUCAAAGCAGGUCUGCUGGGUCUGCUGGAGGAGAUGAGGGACGAACGUCUGGUCGUCCUCAUGACCCGUAUCCAGGCGGUAUCCAGGGGCUUUGUCGCCAGGCAGAAGUUCAAGGAGAUAUCCCAGAAACGGGAAUCCAUCUUCAUCAUCCAGUACAACAUCCGCUCCUUCAUGAAUGUGAAGAACUGGCCGUGGAUGAGGCUGUUCUUCAAGAUCAAGCCUCUGCUCCGAAGCGCCGAGGCCGAGAAGGAGAUGCAGACCAUAAAGGAGGAGUUCACUCGCCUCAAAGACGAGUUCGCCAAGUCGGAGUCCAGGAGGAAAGAGCUGGCGGAGAAGAUGGUGGCCCUGUUUCAGGAGAAGAACGACCUCUUCCUCCAGAUUCAGGCAGAGAGAGAGAACCUGUCUGAUGCCGAGGAGAGGUGUGAGGGCUUGAUCAAGAGCAAGAUCCACCUGGAGGCCAAGGUGAAGGAGCUCUCGGAGAGGGUGGAGGAGGAGGAGGAGGUCAACGCCGAGCUCACCGCCAAGAAGAGGAAGCUGGAGGACGAGGGCUCGGACCUCAAACGAGACAUAGACGACCUGGAGCUCACCAUCGCCAAGGUGGAGAAGGAGAAAUACGCCACCGAGAACAAGGUGAAGAAUCUGAUCGAGGAGCUGACGAGCCUUGAGGAGAAUCUGAUGAAGUCUUCGAAGGAGAUCAAAGCCUUGCAGCAGGUGCACCAACAGACUCUAGAUGACCUUCAGGCAGAGGAGGACAAAGUCAACACUCUGACCAAGACCAAAGUCAAACUGGAGCAGCAAGUGGAUGAUCUGGAAGGUUCUCUGGAGCAAGAGAAGAAGGUACGAGCAGAUCUCGAGCGAUCCAAGAGGAAGCUGGAGGGAGACCUCAAACUGUCCCAGGAAAACGUCAUGGACCUGGAGAACGAGAGACAACGGAUGGACGAAAGACUCAAAAAGAAGGACUUUGAGCUAUGCCACCUGCAAAGUAAAAUUGAGGAUGAGCAAAUUCUAAGCACUCAGCUUCAAAAGAAAAUAAAGGAGCUUCAGGCUCGUAUCGAAGAGCUGGAGGAGGAGAUUGAGGCAGAGCGGUCCGGUCGGGCCAAGGUGGAGAAGCAGAGGUCGGAUCUCUCCAGAGAACUUGAGGAGAUCAGCGAGAGGCUGGAGGAGGCCGGAGGAGCCACCGCCGCUCAGAUCGAGAUGAACAAGAAGCGGGAUUCUGAGUUCCAGAGGCUGCGCCGAGACCUGGAGGAGUCCACGCUGCUGCACGAGUCCAUCGCCGCCGCUCUCCGCAAGAAGCAGGCGGACAGCGUGGCGGAGCUGGGGGAGCAGGUCGACAACCUCCAGAGAGUCAAGCAGAAGCUGGAGAAGGAGAAGAGUGAAUACAAGAUGGAGGUUGAUGACUUGGCCAGCAACACAGAGAGCAUCCUCAAAAGCAAGGCUAACCUUGAGAAGCAGUACAGGAGUCUAGAGGAGCAGAGCAGUGAGUUCAAGACCAAGGCCGAGGAGGCCCAGAGGUCCCUGAGUGACUACACCACCCUCAACGCUCGCCUGCAGACCGAAAACGGUGAGCUGGCACGUCAGUUGGAGGAGAGGGAGGCCUCUGUCACCCAGCUGAGCAGAGUAAAAUCAGUCGGCAGUCAGCAAAUCGAAGAGCUGAAGAGUCUUCUGGAAGAGGAAGUCAAGGCCAAGAACGCCCUGGCGCACAGCUUCCAGUCGUCCCGCCACGACUGUGACCUGCUGAGGGAGCAGUACGAGGAGGAGCAGGAGGCCAAGGCCGAGCUGCAGCGCGGCAUGUCCAAGGCUAACUCUGAGGCGGCCCAGUGGAGGACCAAGUAUGAAACUGAUGCCACCCAGAGGACCGAGGAGCUAGAAGAGGCCAAGAAGAGGCUGGCCCAGCGUCUGCAGGACGCGGAGGAGCAGACGGAGGCGGUGAACUCCAAGUGCUCGUCUCUGGAGAAGACAAAGCAGCGGCUGCAGGCCGAGGUGGAGGACCUGAUGGUGGAGGUAGAGAGGUCGAACUCUGCCAACGCCACGCUGGACAAGAAGCAGAGGAACUUUGACAAGGUUCUGUCAGAGUGGAAGCAGAAGUUCGAGGAGAGCCAGUCUGAGCUGGAGGUCUCUCAGAGAGAGACUCGUUCUCUCAGCACCGAGCUCUUCAAGCUGAAGAACUCCUACGAGGAGGACCUGGACCAACUGGAGAAUAUGAAGAGAGAGAACAAGAACCUUCAACAAGAGGUCGCGGAGAUUGUGGAUCAAAUGGGACAGUCUGUGAAGACCAUCCAUGAGCUGGAGAAGUCUGCCAAACAAGCCGAUCAAGACAAGAUGGAUACCCAGACUGCUCUGGAGGAGGCUGAGUCCUCUCUGGAACACGAAGAGGCCAAGAUGCUGCACCUGCAGCUGGAGCUGAACCAGGUGAAGUCUGAGGAGGACAGGAAGAUCACAGAGAAGGACGAGGAGGUGGACCUGCUGAAGAGGAACCACCAGAGGAUAGCGGACACGCUGCAGAGCGCCCUGGACGCCGAGACGCGUAGCCGCAACGACUCGGUCCGGGUGAAAAAGAAGAUGGAGGCCGACCUAAACGAGAUGGAGAUCCAGCUCGGACAUGCUAACAGGCAGGCUGCUGAGGCGUACAAGCAGCUCCGGAACCUGCAGGGACAGCACAAGGACUCUCAAGUGCAGCUGGACGAGGCCCUGCACGGCCAGGAGGAGCUGAAGGAGCAGCUGGCCAUGGUGGAGCGCAGGAACGUCCUGGUGACGGCCGAGCUGGAGGAGGUGAGGGCGGCUCUGGAGCAGGCGGAGAGGUGCCGCAAGCUGGCAGAGCAGGAGCUGGUGGACGCCAGUGAGAAGAUGCAGCUGCUGCAUGCCCAGAACAGCAGUCUGGUCAGCACCAAGAAGAAGAUGGAGGCUGAUGUCUCACAACUCCAGACAGAGGUGGAGGACUUUGUCCAGGAGGCCAGAAACGCAGACGAGAAAGCCAAGAAGGCCAUGAUGGACGCGGCCAUGAUGGCAGAGGAGCUGAAGAAGGAGCAGGACACCAGCGCUCACCUGGAGAGGAUGAAGAAGAACCUGGAGGUGACGGUGAAGGACCUGCAGCACCGUCUGGACGAGGCCGAGCAGAUGGCCCUGAAGGGGGGGAAGAAGGAGCUGCAGAAGCUGGGGACCAGGGUCAGGGAGCUGGAGAGUGAGCUGGAGGCGGAGCAGAAGAGAGGAGGGGAAGCCAUGAAGGGGGUGAGGAGGUACGAGAGGAAGAUCAAAGAGCUCUCCUAUCAGGGCGAGGAGGAGAGGAAGAACGUGGCCAGACUGCAGGACCUGGUCAACAAGCUGCAGCUGAAGGUCAAAGGCUACAAGAGACAAGCAGAGGAGGCUGAGGAACAGGCUAACGCCCACCUGGCCAGGUUCCGGAAGGUUCAGCACGAGCUGGAGCAGGCGGAGGAGCGGGCGGACAUCGCUGAGUCCCAGGUCAACAAGAUGAGAGCCAGGAGUCGAGAUGGAGGCAAGGGAGGGGAAUAGAGUGCUGCCACAACGCGGUGUGGUGAGAACAGAACACCGUCGUCACCGCCCUGUCACUGUUAGAGACCCCAGACUGCCGUGAAAAAUUGUUUUCCAACCCGAGACCCCUUUGAAACAAAUAAUUAUUUCAAUGUUUUUUCUGUUUUUUUCUCCCUGAUUAAAUAAACGCUGAAUAAAUCACCAGUCAGGGCUGCCUUGAGAUAGAAACAUCCGGUUGUUGGUUAACAUGUUUGGAUGUCUGCACUCACGUUGCUGUUUUGGUCGUGUUGACACUGAUAAGGGGGAAACACUGAAAUACGAAAUCCAGUUGAAUGUUACUAAGACAAAUAAAGCUGUAGUGAGAAACUAUGAAACUUGGUAUUCCUGUUAGUAUGUGUGGUGUCAUAGCUUCUCUUGUAAAAUCAUGUUAAAUAUUAAGUCAA